AUGGAGGAUACAAGAUUACUAUUCAGUAGUCAGGCUAUCGCUGAUGAAGAUGACUAUGAUAUAAAUUUGUCAAAAGUUGAAAUACCUGUCAAGUACGGAUCAUUCAGUUCCUUAGAAUCAGGUACCUUGCUCGACAUCGAACCAAAUUUAAAUAAUUAUGAUGACUAUGAUAACAAUAAUGAGAACGAGCAAAUAAAGGAAUUGUCAACAGAAGUUCCUCAAGGUAGACAUCUGGGUGUUUUUUCAACAAUGGUUUUAUUUAUCUGCAGAAUGGUCGGAUCUGGCAUAUUCGCUACACCUUCGAGUAUUUUAGUCAACUGUGGCGGAAAUGCAACUCUCUUUUUAGGUGUUUGGAUAAUAGCUGCACUAGUUGCACUAUCAGGACUUUACCUAUUUUUAGAAUUUGGUUCAUGGCUACCGAGAUCUGGCGGUAAAAAAAACUUUUUAGAACAAGCAUAUAAUAAACCAAAGCUAAUGAUGAGCGUUUCCUUUGGUUUAUUCAGUGUUUUGACUGGGUUGGCGAUGUCCAAUUCUAUAAUUUUUGGGAAAUACGUAUCUUCCAUAUUAGACAUUCAAAAUUUACUCUAUUCAAGGUAUAUUAGUAUAUCUCUGAUAGUCACCGUGAUAAUAAUCCAUGGAUUUUCAGUAAAAACUGGUGUUAGAAUUCAAAACUUUCUCGGUGGUUUGAAAUUUAUUUUAAUUUUCCUAAUUUGUGCAACUGGUUUCUAUAGCAUGUUUUUUUAUGAUAAUUCGAAUGAAAAUAACCUUAUUUUGUGGAAAGACUUUCAAUAUGAUUCAGAAUUAUCAUUGUCGUCAUUAGCAUCAGCUUUUAUAAAUGCAUUUUUUUGCUUUUCUGGAUGGGAUAGUGUUCAUGCAGUUUCAUCAGAAAUAAAAAAUCCCAAUAGAACCUUAAAAUUGGCUGGACCGAUGUCGUUAUUUAUUUGUUUUAUUUGUUACUUAAUGAUGAAUUUAGCAUACUUAAAAGUGUUAACCUAUGAAGAAAUUAAAGAGGCAGGCCCUCUUGUAGGUUCGGUUUUGUUCAUAAAAUUAUUUGGUGAUACUAUUGGAGGUAAAUUGAUGUCCCUUUCUAUCAUUUUAUCUUCAAUAUCAAAUGUAUUUAUUGUAUUAUAUGGCAUUUCAAGAAUGAAUCAAGAAAUUUUUAGAGAGGGAUAUCUUCCAUUCAGUAAAUAUUUAGUUAAAAAUUGGCCUACUGGUGCUCCAUUUCCUUCUUUGUUAAUUGGUGGUUUACUAAGCAUCUCAUGGUUAGUUUUUCUACCGCCUGCUGGGAAAUCUUUUGACUACUUAGUUAAUAUGGAGGGUUACGGUAAUCAGUUUUUCUUAUUACUAAUAUCUAUUGGUAUCUUCAUUUUUAGAAGGGAACAGCAAUAUGCCACUGCUUCAAUUCGUUGUCCGAAUAUGUGUGUCUGGACUAUUAUUUUAGUAUCUAUGUACUUGUUAAUUGCUCCAUUCAUAGGUAAUCAGGAUAUCAAUUCAGUAGGGCAUUUCCCUCCCUAUCAAGUAACAGCAUUGCUUUUGGUUUAUACCGGGUUCCUUUACUGGUUCAUUACUUUUUAUUUAACUCCUAAGAUAUUCUGCUAUAAAUUAAUACGAAAAGUUGUAAUACAAAAAGAUGGUUUAUCCACAACAGAAUGGAUACAUAAUUACAAUUGA